AGGCGGGACCAUUGUAGAUGCACCUUCGUCUGUGCUGUGCAUUGAUCGGCUGUGCUUUAUAAGUGUUUUAUGAUGUCUUUAUUAAAUAAAUAUACAGCAGCUUUAGUUGCUUGAAACACUGACUUGAAAUGUAAGAGUCAAAUUCGAUCGGAGUCAAAUGGUGCGUUUAUUUUGCAAACACAAGUUAGGCAUCUGUUGGUGUUAGCCUCUGGUCAGUGGUCCAAAGUUAUUUUCGACAAAUGCCGCCGAAAAAACGAAAACGCAAGACAACUCUGAAUUUGGAGUGUGAAUGGAGUUUGUGCCAAGAAGUCUACCAUGAAAUCGAGGCUUUUUGUAAACACGUCGAGGAACAUUUGAAUACUUUGUCCAUCACAGAAGAGGAAGCAGAGGAAGCAGAGGGAGUGCACAGUUGUCUUUGGAGGGAGUGUGGUUUCUGCUCUUCUGAUGGUCCUGAGGAGUUGAGGAGACAUGUAUUUUUUCACUGUUUCCAUACUAAACUAAAGCAGCUGGGUCAGCAAGUACUUGAGUCCCAACCUGAGCUUAACAAAUGCACUAUUGGUAUUGGAAGAAACAUAAUUCCUGAAAUUCCUGACAAUUUUGUGUGUCUUUGGGAACAUUGCGAGCAACGGCCAUUUGAAAAUCCAGAAUGGUUUUAUCGUCACGUUGAGAUGCAUAGUUUGUGUAUUGAUGUUCCAGCAGGAGACUGUGACUUUUCAUUACGCUGUGGAUGGAAAGAUUGUGAUGCUACUGUUAAAGGACGUCCUAAACUGAAAGAGCACCUUCGUAGUCACACCCAAGAGAAGAUAACAGCUUGUCCAGGCUGUGGGGGCAUGUACGCCAGUAAUACCAAGUUAUUUGACCACAUCAUUAGACAGAGUGCUAUGGAAGGUCAGGGCAGAUUUCAGUGCUCUCAUUGCUCCAAACGUUUUGCAACGGAACGACUACUGAGAGAUCACAUGAGAAACCAUGUGAGUCACUACAAAUGUCCAUUGUGUGAUAUGACCUGUCCAACACCAUCAUCCCUGCGUAACCACAUAAAGUAUCGGCAUAGUACAGAAAAGCCCUACAGCUGUGAAUACUGUGAAUACAGCUGCAAGAAUCAAGUGGACCUCCGUAAACACCUGGACAGUCACAGCAGUGAACCAGCAUUUCACUGUGAUGUUUCUGGUUGUGACUUUACAUCUCGUUCACUUUCCACAAUGAAAAUACAUCACAAAAAGGAACAUCAGGGAGACUUUAUGGCCCGUUACAAAUGCCAUGUGUGCGAACAGUGCUUCACCAGAGGUAACAGCUUAACGGUUCAUCUGCAUAAUAAACACCAGUUUAAAUGGCCAUCUGGACAUCCACGUUUCAGGUAUAAAGAGCAUGAAGAUGGCUUUAUGCGUCUGCAGUUGAUUCGAUAUGAAAGUGUGGAGUUGACGGAACAGCUGAUGAGAGAGAAGCAGUGCAGACAGCAGGAGGAUGACAGCAGUCAGGAUGAGGGUCCAGGGCUGGAGCAGGAGGUAUCCGCGGAGCUGCAGGUGGAACUCAGGGGGGUGCUGUUGGAGGAGCAGGGCCCGGAGGAUCAGAGCAGCCCAGAACGGAGCAUGCUCUAUGUCCUCUCUGAAGAUUUAUCAGCUACAGGGGACACUGCUGUCACGCUGCCACUGUCAGACUCCACCCAGGAACCAGGAAUACAAGUUUAACUGCCACAACUACACACAAGUAUAGAACCACACAAAAAUACAAUUUCGAUGGGAGUAGCAAUCUAUCCUUUUUAUGUGCUUCUACAUCUGCUUUGACAAAAGAAUAAAAAGUUAAUGAUUUCACCCUACAUUAGGCGUAAGAUCAAUUGACUAUGUAUUUUUGUUAUUUUGUUAAAUGUGAUGAAAUUCUUGUUGUUUUAUUUAAUAUUGCGAAUGAUAAAUGGCCUCAUGCUUAUUUGAUUAAUUUUGUCACCACCAAUGAAUUAAACACACGUGAAACUACCAUGUACAA